GCAGGAUCGCCUCCUCUCGCUGCUCACCUGAAACAGCGCAGUGUGGAAACACGCAGAGGCGGACAGGUAGACGCAGGAGCUGAGCCGGAAGAGCGAGCAGGUCGAUUCGGCUGCAGUUACACAAGUUCUGCAUGUUUUUUGUUUGUUUGUUUGUUUGCUUUGUUUUGUUUAGUUUUUUUUAACAUCACGUCUCUGUAGCUUCUUUCUUUUUUUUAACACUAUAUCACGCUUUAUAUAUGAAAGUAACGCGGCGUCGGAGGAAACAUGCCAGAGCAAGGGAAGAAGCUGAUUCUGAUCGUGGUGGAUAUUCUUUGCGUGUUUGUCGCGGCUCUGCCUUCGGCCAUCCUCACGCUGAUGUUCAGUCCUUACCAGAGAGGAAUCUACUGCGAUGACACGAGUAUCAGCUAUCCCUACAGGAGAGACACCGUCUCUCACGGAGCCAUGGCCGCCAUCACCAUCACCUGCUCCAUAGUCAUCAUCACUACAGGCGAGGCCUACCUGGUGCGCACCAAUCGUCUGCGCUCCAACUCCGAGUUCAACCAGUACCUGUCGGCUCUCUACAAGGUGGUGGGCACCUUCCUCUUCGGAGCUGCCGUCAGCCAGUCGCUGACCGACCUGGCCAAGUUCACCAUAGGUCGCCCCCGUCCCAACUUCCUAUCCGUGUGCGCGCCGACCAGCUGUAACGGAUACGUGCUGCAGAUCAACUGCACCGGGAGCCAGCGCAAUGUGACUGAAUCCAGGUUAUCGUUUUACUCCGGCCACUCGUCCUUCGGGAUGUACUGCAUGCUCUUUCUGUCGCUCUACGUCCAGGCCAGAAUGAAGGGGAAGUGGACCAGACUGGUCCGACCCACCAUCCAGUUCUUCCUGGUGGCGUUUGCCGUGUACGUCGGGUACACGCGCGUCUCUGACUACAAACACCACUGGAGCGACGUCCUGGUGGGGCUGCUGCAGGGAGCCCUCAUCGCCGUCCUCACCGUCCGAUACGUGUCUGAUUUCUUCAAGCAGCGUCCCCCGCUCUGCACCCGGCAAGAACCACCCGAGGUCGAGCACCUCGGCCGCAAACCGAGCCCUCAGCCUUCGGACCCGCAGCACGAGAACCACUACAACUGCUCCUGACCUGCACGAGCUCCCUCACAUCCCACUCCCACUCCCACCCCCACUAACCUGGUGCCCACGCUAACGGCGGAGAGCGGAGGACAUGAAAACAGACAAAAGCAAACAGAAAAAAAAAAACCAACACAUUUGACUCUGAGACAACAAUUUUCCACAGUUAUAGAAACUCGAGAUUCUCCAAAACCUGUUGGAACAGAGCCUCCUGUUUGGGUGUGUUGCAAAUAUGCGUUUGUGACGAGGUUUAGUGCAACAGUGUGCAAUGAUUAUGUGUUGUAUUUUAUAUUUUCUUAAUUAUUUCCACCAUACCAAAUAAAAACCGAUACACGAGGGACAAUUUAGCCUAAACGCCAAAGUGACUGACUUUCCAAAGAGAUCUGUCAAAUUUCAAAAAAAACCCUCAAUCGUUGAGUUCUCUGUCCUUGAGUGGAGCAAGAAACCUUGGAAGAUGAAUGUUUUUUUUUUGUGUGUGUGUAUUUUCAACUUUGUCACAAUCCAGUGACACUGUUAUUAUUUUAUCUACACUGGAGCUCGAUUGUAUCAGCCUCGUCUCUGCCACUUCUUUGUCACGUCUCGCUUCGUUCUCUUCCGCGUAUUAACACAUACGUGUCGAGUGCUAACAAUUUUAUUUUGUUUAUAACUACUGUAUCUAAUAAAUUUUGUAUCUUUUUUUUUUAAAUGAAUGUAUCACCACUAUUGCGCCGCGACACUAAGGUGAAACUUGUCAAGUGUGUUUGUUUUAUAGCGACGAACUUUAACGAGUCGUAUUCAUCCCAUCCACUUCUCAGUCUAAGUAUAGACCUCUUCCUUCCAAUUUUAUAAUGAUGUGUGUAACCUAUUGUGAAACUGUACAUAAUGUAAUCAUUUAUUUCCUUCAGCCUGUCGGUUGUUGUUUUUUGUCUUUUUUUGUGCAGUUUCCUCAUAAAUAUUAGCCAGUA